AUGAAGAGCCUGUGCAGAAGCAUCCCAGCACUGUUGCCACUGCUGCUCCUAGGUCUCCUUGGUGUCUCCCAGGCCCAGAGCAGCUGUACCGGGCACCCGGCCAUCCCUGGCAUUCCAGGCAUCCCUGGGGCACCAGGCGCCUAUGGCAAACCUGGGACUCCAGGGACAAAGGGAGAGCAAGGGCUGCCAGGGCUAGCUGGAGACCAUGGUGAGUUCGGAGAGAAGGGGGAUCCAGGAAUCCCUGGAAAUCCAGGGAAAGUUGGUCCCAAAGGCCCCAUCGGCCCGAAAGGCUCCCCAGGACCCCCUGGAGCCCGUGGCCCCAAGGGUGAAUCGGGAGAUUACAAGGCCACACAGAAAAUAGCCUUCUCUGCCAAGCGGAACAUCAACACUCCCCUGCGGCGGGACCAGACCAUCCGCUUCGACCACAUGAUCACCAAUGAGAAUAACAACUACGAGCCUCGCAGCGGCAAGUUCACCUGCAGGGUGCCCGGCCUCUACUACUUCACCUAUCAUGCCAGCUCACGCGGGAACCUGUGUGUGAACCUAGUCCGGGGCCGGGAGCGCACACAGAAGGUGGUCAGCUUCUGCGACUAUGUCUAUAACACCUUCCAGGUCACCACUGGUGGUGUAGUCCUCAAGCUGGACCAGGGGGAGAACGUGUUCCUGCAGGCCACUGACAAGAACGCCCUGGUGGGCAUGGAGGGUGCCAACAGCAUCUUCUCUGGGUUCCUGCUCUUCCCAGAUGCAGAGGCGUGA